AACUAGUGACAUGUUUUUCGUUUCCUUCUUCAAUCUCGUGCACUGGCUCCAGUCUCAUUUUCCUGGUGCUCAAUAAAGCAGUACAUCCGUAUUCACUAUGACCAUCAGUAGUUUCCUUCGAGUUCGCUCUUUAGUCGCGGCAAAGUGUAUUCUUGAGAAUGCCAAUCACUCGUUCUCAAGUCAUGCGGUAUUUGCCGAACAUGCCAAGCUGGAGCGCAUCCGGAACAUUGGAAUCUCCGCACAUAUCGAUAGCGGGAAGACGACGCUGACCGAGCGGAUUCUCUUUUACACCGGCCGAAUCAAGCAGAUGCACGAAGUUAAGGGUAAGGACAAUGUGGGAGCUACUAUGGAUUCGAUGGAACUGGAGCGGCAGCGUGGAAUUACGAUUCAAUCGGCUGCAACUUACACGAUGUGGAAGGACCACAAUAUUAACAUUAUCGACACACCCGGUCAUGUGGAUUUCACAGUGGAAGUAGAACGCGCGUUGCGUGUUUUGGACGGUGCCGUUCUUGUGCUGUGCAGUGUAGGAGGUGUGCAGAGUCAAACACUGACCGUCAAUCGACAAAUGAAAAGGUAUAACGUUCCCUGUUUGGCAUUUAUCAAUAAAUUAGAUCGUAUGGGAGCCAACCCCUACCGAGUGUUGGGUCAAAUGCGAUCAAAAUUGAAUCACAAUGCCGCUUUCAUUCAGCUCCCCAUCGGUGUGGAGAGUGACUGCAAAGGAAUCGUGGAUUUGGUCAAGCAGAAAGCUCUCUACUUUGAGGACCAGUUGGGGCUGACUGUACGAGAGGAUGAGAUUCCGAAGGAUAUGCGUGCGGAAAGUGAUGAGCGGCGCCAUGAAUUGAUCGAGCACUUGUCGAAUGUCGACGAAUCUAUCGGGGAGCUCUUUCUGGAAGAAAAGUUGCCAACCGAGCAGGAUAUUAUGGCAGCAAUUCGUAGGGCGGCUCUGAAGAGAACAUUCACUCCGGUGCUGGUGGGAACUGCUUUAAAGAACAAAGGUGUGCAACCUUUAUUAGAUGCCGUGCUGAACUAUCUACCUCAUCCGGGAGAGGUCGAAAAUAUUGCCUUGAUAGAGAAGAAAGGCGAAGAGCCACAACAGAUUGUGCUGGACCCUGCUCGUGAUGGCAAAAGCCCAUUCGUUGGAUUAGCCUUCAAACUGGAAGCUGGGCGGUUCGGUCAACUCACCUACCUGCGGUGCUAUCAAGGAGUGCUGAAGAAAGGAGACAGCAUUUACAAUGUAAGAUCUGGCAAGAAAGUCAGAUUGGCUCGACUGGUUCGACUACAUUCGAAUAAUAUGGAAGACGUGACUGAAGUCUACGCUGGAGAUAUUUUUGCCUUGUUUGGCGUUGAUUGUGCUAGUGGAGACACAUUCGUCACUAAUCCAGAUUUGGAACUUUCAAUGGAAUCUAUUUUCGUCCCAGAUCCAGUCGUCUCGAUGGCCAUCAAGCCAGCCAACAAUAAAGAUCGAGACAACUUUUCCAAGGCAAUUGCCCGCUUUACCAAAGAGGAUCCCACUUUUCGAUUUGCCUACGACACUGACAUUAAGGAAACGCUUGUUUCUGGAAUGGGUGAGUUGCAUCUGGAAAUUUACGCUCAACGAAUGGAACGCGAAUAUAACUGCCCCGUUUUACUGGGUAAGCCGAAAGUAGCCUUCCGUGAAACGUUGAUGACUCCGUGCGAAUUCGACUACUUGCAUAAGAAACAGUCCGGUGGUCAAGGACAGUAUGCUCGAGUGACGGGAAUUCUGGAACCUUUACCACCCCAUCAGAAUACGACUAUCGAAUUCUCCGACGAAACUAUUGGUACCAACGUUCCUAAGCAGUUCAUCCCUGGCAUUGAUAAGGGUUUCCGCCAGAUGUCAGAGAAAGGUCUGUUGUCGGGCCACAAGUUAUCUGGCAUCAAGUUCCGUCUGUUGGAUGGUGCACACCAUAUUGUGGAUUCCUCGGAGUUGGCGUUCAUGUUGGCGGCACAGGGAGCUAUCAAAACCGUCUUUGAAAACGGAAAUUGGCAAAUUUUGGAACCGAUUAUGAUGGUUGAGGUGACGGCACCGGAGGAGUUCCAGGGCACAGUCAUUGGGCAGCUGAAUAAGCGGCACGGCAUCAUUACUGGUACCGAAGGCUCGGAAGGAUGGUUCACGGUAUACGCCGAGGUUCCUUUGAACGACAUGUUUGGCUACGCCGGAGAGCUAAGGUCGAGUACGCAAGGCAAGGGCGAGUUUAGCAUGGAAUACAGUCGGUAUUCGCCGUGUAAGCCUGAUAUACAAGAAAAGUUAAUGCAAGAUUAUCAAAUUUCGCAAGGUAAUGUAGUGGUGGACUCUAAGAAACAACAGAAAAAGAAAAAUUAAAAACAUUCGAUUCUGAGUGCAACGCAACGCGGGUGCUGAUCUGUACAUAUUAGGAUUAAUUAGAGCUAUGUAAUUCAAGUUAGACUUAUCAAUUGGAUCAAUUUAUUAAACGAAUUAUAAGACAAA